AAUAAAUCACUUCGGUAUUUGUGGCACAUUCAACAGCUUCGCUUUGUCAAGUGAAUUGCAUUCAAGGAUUAAUUUGAGAUAGAUAAAAGUGACUGAUAAUUUUUUAACUAAACCACAGUGGUGCGCAACUUAUAUUUGACAAGUUUGUGAUCCUGUUUUAAUUGCUUAAAGUAUUUCAAAAAUGCGGUUAGCAGCAUUUUUAAGCAUCUUCUCGCUGCUCUGCUUCUGGGUCAGUACAUUGGAUGGACAGUUUAUCUUCGAAAAUCCAAAGGACUUAACGCAUUUGCAGCCACCGCAGUAUGCACCGCAAUACGCACCGCGGUACGCACCACAACAACAUCAGCCACAAAAUCAUAUACAACCGCAACAACGUACACCUUAUGGCUUACCAGCGUCACAUAUGAUACGCCCACAACGUUCUCUGUAUGGUGGCUGGACACCUAUGAGUGUUGGUCAUGUUGGUUAUGGCAGUGUCGGUCCAAUUAGCCCUGUUGGCACUAUUGGUAUAACGAAAGAGGAGCUACUUGCAUUGCUCGAAGCUUGGAAGGAAGUUGAGAAGCCAGCGCCUGAGCCUGCACCCGAGCCAGAGCCAGAGCCAGAACCCGAACCUGAACCAGAGCCGGAACCAGAGCCAGAACCUGAGCCUGAACCAGAACCAGAACCUGAACCCGAGCCAGAGCCAGAACCAGAGGAGCCAGCACCUGCACCACCAACUGGUGCUAAACCUCCACCAGCCGGUGUGCCACUAACAGUUUCUUUGCCUGCUUUCGUACCCAUACAAUUGUCUGCCAUGUAUACAGCUCCAGCACCACCGGCACCACCAGCUGAAGGCGGUGGGGAGGCUGAAGUGGAGCCAGAACCAGAGCCAGAGCCAGAGCCUGAGCCAGAGCCAGAACCUGAGCCCGAACCAGAGCCAGAGCCGGAGCCUGAGCCAGAACCUGAACCUGAAGAGGAGCCCGAACCAGAACCUCUGCCCGCACCGGUAUAUGGGCCACCUCAUCCUCAUCGUUUUGCUUAUUUCUCGCGUUCACAGUUCAGGCGUGCAAAGCCGUUAGCAAAGAAUCCGUUUUUGCGUGCAAAUAAAGGUAUUAAGUCCAGAACCUCAACCAAAUCACGAGCUCGGAAGUCUAAAAACGGCGCUAAAAAGAAUACUAAGGCAAAAUCUAAAACCUUGGCCAAACCAAGAAACACUAAAUUCGCAGCUAUUCGCUUCCCUGUUUCAAAUCCCAGACAAUUCGCCUCAUCCAAUUUCAUUGCAACCAAGCCAAGAAACUUUAGACCCACACAUCGUGUGAGACCAAGAAGCUUCACGGUCCUGCCACCACCACCAUUCCUUGCCAACCCUCCGGCUCCAUUAAAAUUAGUGCCAUCAUCGCAAUUGUUAAGUAAUUGGGCUUAGACAGGGGUCUAGCUUGAAUGCUGGAACAUCAUAUUGACUUUUUUGAUAAUAUAUUUCUUACUCAAAUAAAAUAAAAAUAAAACAUAUGUAUACGAAAACAA